AUGGCCUUUCUGCUCGGCCUUGCCGGUCUUGCGCUGAGAUCGACUCGCCACCACGACGGGUACGGCCAGGGGUAUGGGUAUGGCCAGCCAUCGAUGCACCAGACGCGUGCAGACUAUUACUGCCAUUUGCCCGUUUCCGCCGUCAACCAGCAGGCGCGGGCCGACUAUUACUACCGUGCGCCCGUUUCCACCGUCAACCACCAGACGGCGGCCGGCGGCAACAACAUCAGCACCGGAUACUAUGCACCGCGGCAGCGGCGUGGCUGCUGCGGGCGGAAAGCACAGCGCCGCUAUGAGCGCGAGCUUCGUCGGGAAGCUCGAUCGGCACGACGAGUGGAGCGCAAAGGAUACCCGUCGCAGGUCGCGCCGGCUCCCGCGAUGAGGAAUGACGGUGCGAGGCCGACGGCUCCCGGCCGGGACGUGUUCGUGACCGAGGUGCGGCGCGAGACUCGGACGAUGGGGGAGGCGCCGCCUACGUACGAGGAGCUGGAGCGAAGCGGAAGGAUUUGA